CCAACCUAAUCGGCAUGGGGAGUUUUGGUUCAGUAUAUAAAGGGACACUUUUGGAUGGGAUGAGUGUUACAAUAAAGGUUUUCAAUUCGCAACUAGAACGAGCUUUCAGGAGUUUUGAGGUCGAAUGUGAAGUAAUGCGCAACAUUCGCCAUCGGAAUCUAAUGAAAAUCAUCAGCAGUUGCACUAACCUGGAUUUCAAAGCCUUAGUACUAGAGUACAUGCCUAAUGGGAGUCUCGAGAAGUGGUUGUAUUCUCACAACUAUUGUUUAGAUAUCCUGCAACGAUUAAAUGUCAUGAUAGAUGUUGCAUCGGCCUUGGAGUAUCUACAUCAUGGUCAUACAACACCCAUUAUUCAUUGCGAUUUGAAGCCUAACAAUGUCCUCCUUGAUGAAGACAUGGUUGCACAUGUUGCUGAUUUUGGGAUUGCAAAACUCUUAGGUGAAGGGGAUCUUAUGGUACAAACCAAGACCUUGGCAACAAUUGGGUAUAUGGCACCAGAGUAUGGAAUGGGAGGAAUAGUAUCUACAAGGGGCGAUGUCUACAGUUACGGUGUCAUGUUGAUGGAAACAUUCACAAGGAAGAAGCCGACGGAAGAAAUGUUUGCUGGGGAGAUGAGCUUGAAGCGUUGGGUGAAUGAUGCGUUGGAUAGUUCAAUAAUUGCAGUUGUGGACUCUAAUUUGAUGGGAAGAGAAGAACAUUUCUCUGUGAAGGAGCAAUAUGUAUCAUCUAUCUUGGGUUUAGCCAUGGAAUGUUCAAAUGAUUCACCUGAAGAAAGGAUCAACAUGAAAGAAGCCUUGGUUAGACUCAAAAAAAUUAAGGUCUCCUUUCUGGCAAAUAUUGGUGGGACUUGA